UAGCUAACAAUUCAGUAUUAUACCUACUGCAAGCCUCCCACUGCAAUAAUUCCAACAGAUAGCUCAAGCACGUGCUGCACUUGACCUGCUUUUGGAUGAGGAAAAGCGGGUCGAAGACAUGCUCGAGUCCUGCAAGACAAUUGUACGCCCCAUCCGUAGGAUCCCAGAGGAUAUCAUACGCGAAAUCUUCUUGACGUGCUUCGAGCGAGUCGAAAUGGAGGGGAAGGAUUCAUUAGAUGGGAGCUUCGAGCCGUUGGUUCUCUCACAGAUCUGCAGCGAUUGGAGGAGCAUCGCGCUGUCGACAUCUCGGCUUUGGUCAUCCAUUAAGCUGGAUUUUGACCUGUAUCGCAACGAGCUGGCGUGCCAGUAUCUUCUCCAGACAUAUCUUCUACGGUCUGGGACGCAUGAUAUUACGCUCUCCAUACACAGUACGAAGGAGAUUGCAGGGAGCCAUCUGAUUCCUGUUCUUCUUUUAUGCGCCCCUCGUUGGACCAACGUUUCAUUGUCCAUUCCCUACGAUUCACUACACGCUUUCUCGGCUGCCAGAGGAUCCCUCCAUCGUUUGAAUCGACUUUCCAUCGAGUUCGUCGGCCGCGUUCCUGGAUUACCCGUAGGAUUGGCCAAACCUAUAUUUGACGCUUUCGAGUACGCUCCACUGCUUCGCAGCUUUUCUCUCAAAGGAGUAUCAAGAAGUGUCAGACAGAUAAACAUACCAUGGUCGCAGCUCACCGAGUAUAAUGGAAACGAUUGGACGAGCUGCUAUAUCGAAAUUCUGAAGCUCGCACCGGAUAUGGAGAGCGCUUCCCUUCAAUGUGAUGAGCACUCGGAGUUUGACGAGACGCCCCCUCUUUCAUCUCACGAACGCCUGCGUACACUUCAUGUUCACGAAGUCGAAGAGGAUCCAGAUUCUCCUAUCAUUCCUGAGGGAGGUAUUAUUCGUCUUCUUUCGCAUAUAGAGUUUCCUGCUUUGGAGUGUCUGAGCAUGGCGUACGCCAAUCCAUAUAUUCACAUUCCUACUUCUCUGCACGGCUCGACCGCUAGGAACUUGAAAUCCUUGUCGAUCGAUAUGCCAUUCCUCAUAUUACCGGAAACGCAAGAUGAUUUAAUCAGUCUUCUCAGAACAACAGCAUCGCUUUCCAGCUUAUCAAUGAACUAUCGGCUGGUACCUACCAACCCUGAGAACAAGAGACUACUUCUCGGGCUGAACGCGAAUAUUAACCCCGAUGUCGUUCCGAGACUGACCUCGCUGGCCGUACAGUUCACAAAUAAAGAACCGUAUUUGCCGCCUUUAUUUGUUGACAUGGUGCAGUCUCGGAGGAAUGCUGGGCCUACACGCACAGCAUUGCAGAAACUUCGUCUGUCGAAACCCUUUGUCAUACCACCGGUCGAUCCUGAUGUGGCCGCGCGCUGGAAGGAUAUUUGCGAUGAAGGCUUUAUCAUGUAUGGGAUGGAGUAGUAGCGGUCUCAUGUUCGAUUUCGGGGCAUGUAUAGUAAAAGAGUAAAUAAUGGAAUCGUAGA